GUGCUCUUUCUUUACAAAUAAAUAACUUGUCUAUCUUGUUUCCUUUUUCCUUUUUCUUUUCUCUUUCUGUCUCUCCUUCUCUCUUUUUUUUCGUCCUGAAAAGACAUUCUUUCUCUAUUCAUACUUGCUUGUCAACUUUUUUUUCUUUUAACAAGGACGUGCGUAACUGUCUUUUAAAAAAAUCGUUGUCUAUCCCUCCCUGCCCUUUUUUUACAUUAAAAUGGAAAGUAAUUCAUUUGAAGCUCUAGAGCACCAAACUGCACCAGAAAGUACUCGAGGACUUUUUGAUUCAUUUAUCUCUGAUAAUAAGUUUCCAAGAGACGCUACUCCUUUACUUGACAAACGACGUGCUUCUGUAGACCCUCAAUCUACAAGAUCAAGACCACUUUCGUAUCAACCACAACAAGGUCGUGGCCAUCAACGUUCUCGGUCAGCAAGUGCUUCCGAUUUGGCUUUAAAUACCAACGGACGUCGAAACAAUUCUGCGUUACAAACCUUAAUUGAAGAAGAAGAUGCCCAAAGGAGAAAAAAGGAUGUGGAUCUCGACUCAAUACAAGACAUGAUCAACACACUCAAGAACCUACCACCCAUCAUUUCAAAUCCAAACCAUCGUAAACAACAAAGCAUGUCUGCUACUUUAGCACUUCACUCAAGCGGAGGUCAUUAUGCUCAGGUUACGAAUAAUAAACGAGUGUCGCACAGCAGUAGUAAAAUGAGUUCGAAUCCCUCAUUUGAAAACCAAAAUAUGGCAUCGGACCCACUGUUUGAAAACAGCUUAUUGAACUCACUUUCGCGUGAUGAAGCAUUGGCAGAGGCAGAAGCCAAGUUGAUGGGUACAUUUGGACAAAAGAAGAAAGAAGGAAGUCGUAGUCGAAGAAAUUCUGCCCAAGGUCCUCCUCCUGUGUUGACGUCUCGUCGGUACUCUGAGUCGCAAUCCUUUGAUCCUGUGGGUAUCAAUACCUCUUCUUCUUCUUCUUCGGGGCUUAUGAGCAGACGUACUUCUUUGCAUACACUUAGUGAACAUGAAGCCACCGAAAACAGCCUUGCUUCUGGUCGACGUAUCGUAUUCAACAAGCCAUUGAACCUUGCAUCCAGCAACAAAGCCGAGACCAAUGAUUUCAUGGAAAACAAGCGAUUAUCAGGCGGUAGUCAUCAACGUCGUUCAUCUCGCAACCUGGACUUUGACUGGCGAAACACCAAUAGCAAUGUAUCGAGUCCCACCCAGAAUUCCUUCCAGUUGGUACCUUUCACACCCACCCGUGUUAAUUUCACUCGAGAUGAUGCUAACCCUCAUCAACGUCGUCCCUUGUUUAUUGCUCAUUUGCCAUUUUCUGCUUUGCCUUCAUUGUUCCGUGCACGUCAAUUGAGCCGUGGUUUAUUACGUGUCAAUAAGCGUAACCGAAGUGACGCUUAUGUCUAUUGUGAAGAUUUGGAUGAUGAUAUUUAUAUUUGUGGCUCUCGUGACAGAAACAGAGCUUUGGAAGGUGAUGUUGUUGCUGUUCGAUUGGUCGAUGUAGACAAGGUAUUGCGUGAAAAGAAGGAAAAGGAAGAAGCCAAACUGGCUCGUAACGGGGGACAGGCUAGAGUAAGAUUACCUGAUGAAGAGGACGAAAAUGAAAUUAUUUUCGGUGGUGAUGAUGAUGUGAAUCUAGUGAAGCCCAAGUAUUGUGGCGUAGUGGUUGCUAUUCUUGAAAGAGCCCAAAAUCAAGUCUUUUCUGGUACUUUAACUUUGAUGCGUCCCAAUAACAAGCGUGCACAAGAAGAAAAGGCUGCUGAAGAAGCAAGAAAAUCAAUUCAAGGAAAAGAUGCUGUCAUUCAAAAAGAAGCACCAAGAAUCGUCUGGUUCAAGUCUACCGAUAAGCGUGUUCCUCUUAUUGCCAUUCCUAUUGAACAAGCACCUAACGAUUUUGUUGAGCAUUGCGAAACAUACGCUACUCGUCUUUUUGUGGGAUCAAUGAAGAGAUGGCCUAUUACUUCCCUUCAUCCUUUUGGUACUUUGGAACGCGAACUUGGUUCUGCUAAUGAGCUCUCUACUCAAACCAAGGCUAUUUUUGCUGACAACAAUGUGACUGACAGUGAUUUCUCAGAAGCUGUUCAAAGUUGUUUGCCUACUUUACCUUUUAGAUUAGAAGCGGAUGCCUCUCGCCGUGAUGUAAGACAAGAUGCAAUCACUUUUACGAUUGAUCCUAAAGGUUCUAAUGUAUUGGAUGAUGCACUGUCUAUUAAGAAAGUGGACGAUAAUGUAUGGGAAGUGGGCGUUCAUGUUUGUGAUAUUGGCUAUUUUAUCAAAUCACAUUCACCACUUGAUAAAGAAGCCCGUGCUCGAGCUGUUCGUGUGGACCUUGUUCAUACACAUGUGCCUAUGGUUCCUGAAGUUUUGACAGAACAAGUUACCAACUUGGUACCUAAUGAAUCCAGAUAUACUUUUUCUGUUAUCUGGAAACUAGAUAGUAAGGGUCGCAUUCUAGAUACAUGGUUUGGAAAGACGAUUAUCAAAUCGUCUGCACAACUGACAUAUGACGAUGCACAAAAGUUAUUAGACAACACCUCAGAAGAUACCAGCCCUAUUUCAAGCAGUAUUGCAUCGCUCUAUGAAUUAUCUAAAAUGUUGCACGAGCAGCGUAAAUCAAAUGGCUUGUUUACUCAAAUGCGCGAUCGUCUUGAAUACGAGUUUGAAGAAGAAGGAAAACCUGUUACGGUCUCGAUUGCUCACAAGAGGCCUGUUGAAAUGAUGGUCAAGGAAUUUUUAUUUUUGGCUAACAAGUGUGUAGCUCAAAAGAUCUCGAGCGAGUUUCCAGAGCAAGCUUUGUUACGUCGCCAUGCACCUCCUUCAGAACGUAAAAUUAAUGAGUUAGUUAUGUAUGCUGCUCGUCAUUUAGGCGUCAAAUUGGACAAUACAAGUGCCGGUUCUCUCGAGGCUUCUAUUGAAGCUAUUCAAGACCCCAAACUUCGUAGAGUUGUCUCCAUGAUUGUUCUAAAGACAUUCCAGCCUCCUAAAUACUUUUGCACUGGAAGUGUUGAUAUCUCUAAAUACGCCCAUUAUUCUCUUCAUGUUCCUCUUUUUACACACUUCACUGCUCCUAGUAGAAGAUUUGCUGAUAUUAUUGUUCAUCGUCAAUUGGAAGCUGCUAUUGCUCCUGGAGAAAAACGAUUCCUUCUUGAAAGAGAAACAGUACAUAAACUUGCACAACAUUGCAAUAUCAAAAAAGAUGCUGCCAUCUAUGCUCGUGAACAAAGCAGUACUUUAUUCUUGUCGAUUCACAUGAAUGAAUUAGCGCAACAACAGCAACAACAUGCAACAGAAGUCGAUACGCCUAUGAAUCCUCAUAGUCCUUCUAUUGUUUUCCGUGAAGCCAUUGUUGUUGCUGUGUUUGAUCAAUAUUUUGAUGUUAUUAUCCCAGAACUCAAUCUCGAGAAGCGUGUUCAUCUUGCUUGUUUGCCAGUCUGGAGAUCAGAUUACAAUCGAUACGAUCAAUCCUUGACCAUGUUCUGGAGAAAAGGCGUGGAUACUUCUUCUGGUAAGAAAAGCGAAUGGACUUUAUCCGAUGAAGAAGACGACGAGGAAGAUAUUGAUGAAGAAGGUUUAUGGGAAGAAAUGAACCAUACUGGUUCACCAGACAAAACUACCUACGAACACAAUACUGAAGAAACUAUCGUUAGUCAAUUAGCCAUUCGUGGACAAGAAGCCGUUAACAUCCACAACAAUAGUAAGGUAUUUCCUAACAAAUCUGUUUCUACUCCUGUUGUUAUGGAUCGCCGUCCCGAUACAACACGUUCUUCAAGUCGUCGUGCUUCAAUUGUGCGUGCAAGGCUUUCAGAUAGUACUGCCUAUAGCACUGAACAGGGCUUCCAAACCAUCAAGGCUUUAGACAAGAUUCGUGUUGUUCUUAUUGUCGAGAUAGGUAGAACCCCACCUCUCAUUCGUGUUUUGGCAGCCAAUCCUUUCUCUUAAUGGAUUCCUUUCUUUUCUACGCAUGUGUUUCUAUAUACCAACGACAUUUGAAUGUCUCAAAUAUCCUACCUUUUUGUUGUAUACACCUCUUUUUAACUAUCUGUCCUUGUUUCUCAUUAAAAUUAUAAAAAUUAGUUUUGUAAUGCUACAUGUCUACUGAAUGAAGAAAAGAGAGCGUAGUUGAAAUUGAGCAACAGUUACAUUAGAUGAAACUUCGGUGGAAGAUGGGUUGGCUCCCUGUUCGUCCUGUGCCUUGUCGUUGUGGUCAUCCACACGCCUCGCGUAACCACUUGCU